AUGAACCUUAAAAUUCCUUCUAAUCAUAUACUUCAUACUGACACUAAUUGCAAUAUAUCUCCACCUCAAUAUGAUUUUACGAAAAAAUAAGAUCUGUAACUUUAGCAAAUAACACCCUCAUAUUUAUUUGCAAAUCAUUCAUUUUAACCAACUCUUAAAAUAUUGGUUCCUCAAAAAGAAUCAAUUUUUGGUCAUAGAAAAGAAACUUUUAUAAAUUCAAGUUAUCGUGAUUAUUCUCAAAGAGAAUUAUAUGGAAGCUUAUAAAAAUAUAAAAUAGAAAAACAAGAUGAUGGUCUAGCUCAUUUUCGUGGAAGAAUAAAAUCAAUAAAGCAGCAUCAAUCGCCUUACAAAAUAAAUUAAUAAUCGCCUACAUCCAUUUAAAAUAUUGAGAGCAAAAAGAAAAUCCUUGAUCACGUAAUUGAUGAUGUUAGGUUGAAUAAUAUCAAAUUGAAAAAGCUCGAGAAAUCUCCUUAAGGAUAAAACUGUCCUGUGCACAACUUUUACUACCUCAAAAAUAUGAAAUAACUCUAACCUUUCUAAAUAGAAAAGUCUGUAAAAGAUUUAAUGAGGCCAUUCCAUUAAUAAAGAGAGAAUUUACUUUCUCCAAUUUAAACAGAACGAAGUUUGAUAUAUCCUUAAAGACCUUAAAUAUAGAGACCCAAGGAGUUUUUGAACAAAUUGAAAAACAGAUUGUUGAAGAGAAAAAAAACAAUCUUUUUGCAACAAUCACAGAAUUAUGAAGAUCCAAUUCAAAGAAAACUUAAACAUUUUUAAAAAAGCUUAUUUGAAAAUCAAUGUUUGCAUACUAUAUACAUUCGUCCUUCAGCAAUAAGAAUACAAAAGUAUAGGAUUGAGGAUCCUAACAAUGAAAGUAUUUUGAAAAGAUGUUUGAGUUUUAGAUGGUGGUGGUAAGAAGCAGAUGAAACUGAUGAGGAAGUGCAGUUUUUAUGGGCAAAAGAAGUCUCGAUUUCUUUUUUAAAUAAAUAAAGAUAAAGGCACAUAAGUGAUAAAAUUGAAUUUUAGCCUUUUGAAUAGAUUCUAAAGAUAUGUGAAGGCGUUGAAGAUUAAAUGAAAUUUGCAAUUGAACAAAAACUUUGUUUAUUAUCUCCUAAUAUAAAAAUACACAAUCAUAUAGAUGCAAAUAAUCCGUUAUGGACAAAGAAGAAUUUGAUUUCUAGAUUCUAAAAGUACUGUACUUAAACAAAUCAAUAUUACGGUGAUUUCCUUCCAUUUUCAAUAAUAGUGAAUAAUUUGGGUGAAGAAUCAUUUUAUGAUUUUGUUCGGAACUAUAAAACUUCUACAGAUAUUUGGAUAGUUUUGAAAUGUCAGAAUGAAGGAGAGUAGAUUUAGUUAUGUGAAAAUACAAAAAGUGUAUUUAACUGUAUUUUAAAAGAGUACUAGACUCCAAGUAGAAAUCAACAAAGCUUUAUUGUCUAAUAAUAUAUAAGAUCGUUUGUAUAUCAAUAAAUAAAAUUAGAUUUAUGCUAUUAUUUACUGAUAACUCAAAUAAAUGGGAUUGUGAGAGCAUAUUUAUUUGAAUAAUUUUAUGGAGAAGAAUCAUAAAUAAAUUUCUCUCCAUUUGAAAAAGUUUAGUAGUCUAAAUCUAUCACUCGAUCAAAUCCAGAUUAUAGUUCAAAUAAGAUUUCGAUGAAAACCAUUUUAGAAUAUUUUGAUGAUUGUAGAGUGGAUUACGAUUAUAAAAUACUCCCUGAAAUAAAAACAAAUUUAUGUGAAUAUAUAAGAUCAGUUUUUAUUCAAAUGCCAGUCAAGGAUCAUAAUUUUGAAGUAAUCAUUAAAUAAGACUUAGUUACUUUAAGUUAAAAUAGUGAUUGAUAAUCAAUAUAAACCAUGGUUAAUCGACAUCAAACCUACAACAGAAUUUGAUUAAAGUUAGGAUUUCAUGAAAGAAUUUGCUUAGUAGCUAUUUGAUAAUACAAUACAGCUUUCAGUAGAUAUUUUAUUUCCUUCUCCAUCCAUUUGGCCAAAAGAAAAAAGGAAAUUAAUUGAUAUAUAUUCAGAAUAAAACGAUUUUGCUAUUGUAUUUGACUCUAGAAUGGAUGGCUAAGGUUUAAAAUCAUUAUUUGAAGAAAAAUAGCCUGAAAGCCAUAAUGAUAAUGAUGAUGAAUUUUGA